GCUCCCUACGUACAGGGUUUGUUGGAGGCCAUGAGUUCAAAUCCCGAGACUCUGGAACUGUUGAUGAGCAACAACCCCUUUUUCGCCAGCGCCGAUCCCAACACCCGGAGUCAGAUGCAACGCAUGAUUCCCCAGCUGGCGCGCCAGAUGAAUCAGCCCGGAUUCCGCAAUAUGCUGACCAAUCCCCGAGCUCUGCGGCUGUAUAAUUCGUGGCUGGCCAACGAGAUUUGCGGCAAUAUGAGGGUGCUCUGUUUCGCCCCGCCUCAUUGUAUGGUGAGGGACAUGCGCUAUGUAAUACCACUGUGGCUUUUUGCUAGUUAG